AUGUCGCGUCCUCUCCCCAAUACUAGCCAGCGGCAUCACGCGCAUUCGAUCUCGCUAGGUGCCCUCAAUCCAAACCACCGUGUAACUCGCCGAAAGAGUGUGACCACCGCCGCUGCCAAUGCUGCCGCCGCAGUCGCCGCCUCCAUGGAGGGCGGAGAGGCUACCUCGCUCCCUAUGGGUGCGCACCGCCGGAGCCUAGCAGGCCGCAAGGGACUGGAAUCUGGCUCCAUCGGAAAUGUAUCUGGCUUCAGCUCCUACCUCUCCCGCAGCAUCAACAGCCCUAGCCAGGAGUCACCGGUCGCCCGCAAAGACUCUCCGGGAUCGGACCACUCCGAUAGCAAGCCCAAAAACCGGAACCGCCGAGCCAGCGAGGGUGCCCAACUCAAGACCGAAGGGAAGCGUGCUUCGACGGCCAUACGUUGCGAUCGCUGCGGGAAAGGCUCGAUCGGGGAUAUGCACCAUGUCGGCUCUGUGCAGGUCGCCCUCGUGGUUAUUCAACUCCCCCUUCAUCGCUGCUCCCCUUUCUUCUACCCCUUUCCGCAACAAUUAAUUGACGUGUUUUUUUCGUGGUAUCUUAGGUGGGAACACGACCCAGCAUGGUCCGUUACUUCGAAGCUUCUCAUCUCCAAGCAUCAGCAGGUUCAACUGCUGGAGGCCGCCUCCGUUUUGGUUACCAUGAACCACGAUGAUCCACCCGAUGAGUCCGCCGAGUUGGAGUUGGAGUCGGAAUUGUCGUCUGGAUCACCGGACGCCCUGUCAGAAAUGAGGGAUGGCAUCAGUUCCGUUGAGACCACGCCACCCCCGAUGGACUCGGAGGAAGACGACGAUUUCGAGAUGUCGGGUGUGCCGGCACAGUGGACCAAACGCCCCAGCGUCAGCAACGCCUCCGGUUUCUCUCGUUCCUACCAGUCCAUUCCCUCCAGCUCGUACAACGAUAGUGCUCCACUGCACUCCCCAAGCUUCUCUCACUUCCGCCACUCGAGCAUCGAUACCCGUCCCUCAACUGCAGAUACACGGUUACACGAGGAUGAUGAGGCCGAUCUUGCCGCGGCCAUCGGCCUGUGCAAUUUCGGGACUCCUCGCACAGGGCCUGUUUCCAUGACUCCGGACGUGCCACCAGUGCCUCCACUGCCGGCGCGCUACUUGGACUCAAGCAGCCACCCGAGCAACCAGGGUCUCCACUCCCCUCAAUCGCGCCCCACAGAGGAGGCCGCUCGCCGAGACUCCGAGGCCAAUAUCUUCUUGUCCCGGUCGCUCAACCCGUCGCUGUCGUACAAGGUGUCGGAUGAGCGCGAAGUCCGGACAGGUGGCGACGAGGCGCAGAAAUCCCGUCAACGUCGUAACGCCGAUGUGGACUUUGGUAACCGCUCUGCGCCAGCCGAUGACGACGAUGGGGGUGUCUUUGGUCACAUGGAAGAAUAA